GAGGGACAAACCCCCUCUACUGUUCUACACAAGGAGCUCUCUCUCUGUCUCUCCUCCCUCUCUCCCUGCUACAGUCACACAAACAUACACACACUGCCAUAGACACAAAGCAACAAGCCUGACACUCAUGCACACUGAGCUAUAAGCAGAAGAUGGCUGAGCUGACAGCAGGGCACUCACAGCCCCUCAGCCUGGCAUCGCCAGCCCUCCCUGUACAGAGCCCUCCUCACACAGUUCCUGACGCCUUUCACCUCUGAACACAUUGGGUGGGUGGGGGGGAAUCGCCAGUUCCCAUUACUGCUCUCCCCAAUCCCCCAUACACUUUAUAAUCAAGCAGCCAUUUCAGCAGAAGAAGCCAGAAACACACACAGUAAAAAAAUGGCAGAAAUGGAAAAAGAGGGGAGACCCCCAGAAAAUAAAAGAAGCAGGAAACCUGCCCACCCUGUGAAAAGAGAGAUCAACGAGGAGAUGAAGAACUUUGCUGAAAACACCAUGAAUGAACUUCUUGGAUGGUACGGCUACGAUAAAGUAGAAUUAAAGGAAGGAGAAGACAUUGAAUUCAGGAACUACCAGGCAGAUGUGGAAAAUCGUCAGCAUAUUUCUGUUCUGAAAGAAAAUUAUUUGCCAAAACCAAAAUUACCUGAGGACAGUGUUAUAUCACCAUUCAAUACAAAUAUAAACUAUUCAGGGUUUGCUACAGGAAAUGGGCUGGCAGAAUUACCAGCGGGGUCAAAGGAUUAUGGAAAUAUGCCCAUAGUGGUACCUUUGAUUCCUCCACCAUUCAUGAAACCACCAGCAGAGGACGAUGUGUCAAAUGUGCAAAUCAUGUGUGCUUGGUGCCAGAAAGUUGGAGUUAAACGCUACUCAUUAAGCAUGGGAAGUGAAGUGAAAUGCUUUUGCAGUGAAAAGUGCUUUGCUGCCUGCCGAAGAGCAUACUUCAAAAGGAAUAAGGCUAGAGAUGAAGAUGGACAUGGUGAAAAUUAUCCCCAGCAGCACUAUGCUAAGGAAACUCCGAGACUUGCCUUCAAGAAUAACUGCGAACUACUUGUAUGUGACUGGUGUAAGCAUAUAAGGCAUACUAAAGAAUAUCUGGAUUUUGGGGAUGGUGAAAGAAGACUUCAAUUCUGCAGUGCAAAGUGUCUAAAUCAAUACAAAAUGGACAUUUUUUACAAAGAGGCACAAGCUAACCUUCCAUCUGGACUGUGUAACUCAUUACAUCCUUCAGUUGAUAAUAAAGCAGAAGGCGCUGGGGUACAGUUGCUGACUCCAGAUUCUUGGAAUAUACAUCUGACAGAUGUACGCAGAAAGGUUCCCUCCCCAGUGUCUGCAACAGGCCAAAUUCAAGGACCUGGAUCAUCAUCGUCUGCCACUACCUCCCCAUCUGAAACUGCCAAUAACUGUGUUACUAAAAUCCCUACGCCAGUUCCCAAAUCCAUUCCUAUGAAUGAGAGUCCAAAUGUUCCCCCAGUUACUGUUCCACCACCUGCCAGUAUUGUGCCUCCCAUGGGCAUGCCACCCAGAAGUCCUCCAAUGAUAAUGACAAAUCGAGGACCGGUUCCUUUGCCUAUAUUCAUGGAGCAGCAAAUUAUGCAGCAAAUUCGCCCACAUUUUCUUAGGGGUCCUCAUGGCUCAAAUCCUAACAGCCCUUUGCCCAAUCCAAUAAUUCCUGGGAUGGGACCACCUCCCAGAGUUUUGGGCCCCACUUCUAGUCCUAUGCACAGACCAAUGUUAUCACCUCACAUUCAUCCAGCUACCACACCUACAAUUCCUGGAAACCCCCCAGGGUUGCUUCCACCACAUCCACAUGGAGGUCCUUUACCCAGUCUUCCUUUCCCCCCAAUGGGCAUGAUGCCAAAUGGCCCUAUGCAUAUGCCACAGAUGGUAAAUUUUGGUUUACCAUCACUUGCUCCAUUGGUCCCACCACCAACCCUUUUAGUGCCAUACCCCAUCAUUGUUCCCUUACCUGUUCCAAUACCUAUUCCUAUUCCCAUUCCUCAUGUAGUUGAUUCCAAACCCCCUAAUGACUUCUUCAGUAAUGGUGAAAGCAUCAUUCCAAGUUCAUCUAGUGACACUCUUGGGGCAAAGCCAAAGGAUACACCUUUGCCUUCAAGGGAUUCUAAGCAGAGGUCUUUGAAGAGUUCUGAUUCCUCACCUGGUGGUUCAGGGCAAUCUUCUCACCAGGCCCCGGUGCUUCAAGAGCACACUAAAACUGAAGUAGUGGAUUUGACAAUGAGGACAGCAAGCCCAGAAAACAAGCUUAGCAUCCCUAAUAUACUUCAGGUACCCCAGGAUGGAGUUAUAGACUUAACUGUGGCACACAGAUCUAGACUUCACAAUGUAAUUCAUAGAGCCCUUAAUACUUACUUAAAACUUGAACAUGAACCUAACAGUGUUGUAAACCUGGCCUUUGGUAAAGUAGAUAAAAACAACUGUAGUGACUGCAGGGACAGUUGUAGCCCAGGAGAAACAAAAACAUUUCCGUCUAGUGAUUCAUCUUUUUGUAGUCCUACUUCAGUUGCCUCCAGCAUGCCUGGGUAUGAAAUCAGUGCAACCGUUUGUAAUGUCAUUGUAAAUGGUACAAAAAGUGCAGAAGGUACUAAGAACUAUGAAAAAAACCAUGAGCAAAAAAAGACUCUGCUAGACAAGGAACCAGUUGUAAGUGAGCUGGAAUCUGUUAAAGAAAACAAUUGUAGUUCAAACUGUCAUUUAGAAAUUGAUGCCAGCAAGAAGAGUCUUGUGGAAGAGUCCCUCACAACUGGGGACAAGCAAGACCCCAACCUUAAUAAUCCUGCAGAUGAGGACCAUGCUUAUGCUUUGCGAAUGUUGCCUAAAACAGGUUGUGUUAUCCAACCUGUGCCAAAACCAGCAGAAAAGACAGGAAUGGCUCAGUGUGUAGUCUCUACACCAAUUCUCAGUACAGGGACAGAGGAUUUGGAGCCGCCACUGAAAAGGAGGUGUCUCCGUAUUCGAAAUCAAAAUAAGUAAAGAAUACUGACUGACAGAGUACCUUGCGUACAGAAAGGGAGCAGUGCAACCAUGUAACGUCACCAGCGGGUCCAAACCAUCUUCCCUUCUGCCUAGGCUAAGAAAGCUUUCUGUAGCUUUUACCUAUCACCUGAUUGUGCAAGGAAAAACCAUUCAAUCUGGACUCAAAGGAUGAUGAUCAUUUCUCAUUUUAAACUACCCGCCCAGUGAGCCCACCUUAAUUUUACCAGGCAUGUUUUCUCAAGCAUAUGGACCAACACAAUACUCGCCCUCUCAAUGCCAUUGUUUUCUAAAUGUAUGACUGGAAGUGAAGUGAACUUCAGCUUUUUUUUUUUUUUCAAAGACUGUUAUGGUUUUG